GUGGUUUGAUAAGAUGUGUCAUCUUAGUGUCAACUAGAGUUCACUCUCAUCAGUGUUUAUAUGAUGAAUACAUAUUUACAGUAAUGUUCUGGAGAUAGUAUUGAAUGAUCCACCUUCUGAAUAUUAUUUAUCUGCUAAAACAAAACUUAACUCAUGUUACAUUUUGAGAGCAGGACCUUUUCCUGCAGAAAUGGCUGUUACACUGUUGUAUUUGUAUUUGAUUAAACAAUCCAAGGACCUCCUCCAUCUCUAAUGAACAUUUUAAGUGAAGUACACAAAGUGAAUGAUGAAAAAUUGAGGUUUUUAUUGAAUAUAAUUUUACCCUCCUUGAUAUUUUGGCUUUACUCCCAUCACUUCUGAUACGACUUGUACUCAUGCAACUUGUCCCGGACUCCCACUGUACAUAUCUGACUCACUGCAAACAAAAUCUACCCACGGGUACAAAUACCGUUACCUUAACUUUGAACCUUGAAGCUUGUGCCAACUAUACAACAGUGGGGAAAGCAGGCCCACAGUUAUAUAGUUGUGGUCAGGGGCAGGUUGGAUCAGGUUAAGUGUGAGGGGUUUCCCUUAUAAAAGUCUGGCUGACGAACAACCUUGUUUCAACAAGCACGAUGGCAAAGCUGGGAAUAUUGGUGGCUGUUGCUGUGUUUCUGGAGACGGUCUCUGCGGUUUCUCUAGGUGUUGUGAACACAGAGGGAGGGAUGGUGGAGGGCGAGAGCAUUCCUCUUGGGCCCUUCCGUCACAUCGACGUCUUCAGAGGGAUUCCCUUUGCUGACAACCCUGGAAGGUUUCAGAAACCACAGCGUCAUCCCGGCUGGGAAGGUGUUCUGAAGGCCACUGAGUACAAGCCCAGAUGUCUUCAGUUGAACACCCUCAUGGUCGACACCAGUGGCAGUGAGGACUGCCUUUACCUCAACAUCUGGGUUCCUCAUAACAGUUCAGUAUCCAAAGAUUUAGCGGUCAUGAUCUGGAUUUUUGGAGGAGGCUUCCAGAUUGGUGGCUCCAUGGGUGAGCACUUCCUGGAAGACUAUUUGUAUGAUGGGCAUGAGAUAGCAGACAGAGGAGAUGUCAUUGUGGUGACACUGGGAUACCGUGUGGGAACUCUGGGCUUCCUGAGCACUGGGGACUCUGACUUACCUGGAAACUAUGGUCUGUGGGACCAGCAGGCUGCCAUCGCCUGGGUGAACAGGAACAUCCGCUCUUUUGGAGGAGACCCUGAGACCAUCACUCUCUUUGGAGAGUCUGCAGGUGGAGCUAGUGUCAGCAUGCAUACUCUCACUCCUUACAACAAAGGGCUGUUCAAGAGAGCCGUGUCCCAGAGCGGGGUCGCUCUUGCUCCCUGGGCUAUCACCAAAGACCCCCGCAGGUUUGCUGAGGAGAUUGCUCUGAAGGUCAACUGCCCCACCAAUGAUUCUAUGGCUGCCUGUCUGAAGAUGGCUGAUCCUGUGAAACUUACCUUAGCUGGCAGUAUCAAUAUAACCAGUUCACCUGACAACCCCAUUGUGAACAACCUGGUCCUCUGUCCUGUGGUCGAUGGUGACUUCUUGCCUGAUGAGCCGAGUAAACUGUUCCACAAUGCUGCUGAAAUCGACUACAUCGCUGGAGCGAACAACAUGGACGGUCACAUCUUCACUUCUCUUGAUGUUCCCUCAAUCAACUUCAAUGUGUUUGACACACCUGCCGAGGACGUGAAGAGGCUCCUGGCUUCAUACACUAAGGAAGGCGGCGAGGCCGCUUUAACUGAGGCCUACUCCUUAUACACCCAGAACUGGGGAUCAAAUCCCAGCCAGGAGACCAUCAAGAAAACCAUUGUGGAUAUUGGAACAGACUACCUCUUCCUGGUUCCUACUCAGGCUGCCCUCAAGCUUCAUACUGCCAACGCCACGACUGGUCGUACCUACUCCUACGUCUUCUCUCAGCCCAGCCGUCUGAGUGGCGUCACCUUCCCCAGCUGGAUGGGAGCAGACCACGCUGAUGACGUGUCGUACGUGUUCGGAAAGCCUUUCACCACUAUCAUCGGCUACGUGCAAAGCCACCGCGACGUCUCCCGCUACAUGAUGAACUACUGGACUAACUUUGCCAAAACUGGAGACCCAAACAAAGGAGAAAGUGUGCCCACUACCUGGCCUGAGUUCCCCAGCCCUGGACACAAGUACCUGGAGAUCAAUUCUGAUAUGGACGAGGACUAUGUGAGACAGGAGCUUCGAUUACCUUUUGUUAAUUUCUGGACCGUUGUCCUCCCCAAACUCUCUGAAGCCAAUUUUGAACAAAAAGCUUCUGCCAACGCCUCUGUGCCUGAGGAAACCUUGUGAGCAUCAGUAAAGGUUCCUUAGAAAUAAAUUGAUGAAUAUAACAAACAAUUUCCUCUGGAUUUUUUCAAGAUUCUCUUUCUUUAAGGCUCAGCAGUAAUAACUGAGGCCACAGCUAACUAACUGUUUGGUUUGGGGCUUGUUCUGUGUGUGCAUUAUUAGUGGUGCAGUGGAGUGUUUAAACUUACCCAUAAACUAAACUCUAGACAAUAAAAGGUAUGAUGAUAUGGA